AUGCCGCCCUCUGGUGCCUCCCUAGAAACCGCACAUCGCCACAGUAGCGGAUGGACCCCCGAGUUUAAACGCAUGCGCUUGGGUCCGCCCAGUCUCCCAUUGUACUCCGCUACUACUACUGCUAGACCUCGAACGAGCUUCACUACCACCACAGCCCCUUUGAACCCAGCCACGUCGUUGGGUCUGCCGGUCUUGCCACCGCUCGAGAAAUUCACGAGACCUCAUCCUCGAGCAUCUGCUGUCGCUGUCGCCGUGACGGCGGAGCUCCGACGCAAGUACUUGGACGACAUUUCAAUGGUCGUGCAAGAGCUCAAGGCCGUGCUCAUGUACGGCCCCGGGUCCGCCUGCCCCGACGCGCCCGUGUCGCCUGCAGUCGUGCUGAAGCUCGUGCGCACGGUGCAGACGCUCGAGAAGCUCCGGGCGCUGCUGCUCAUGAACCCCGCGAGGCUGCGGCGCGUGUCGCUGACGCAGCUCGAGACUGUCGAGCAGCAGAUUAAGAUGAACCUGCUCCCGCUUGCGACGCUGUUCCGCAGCUUUGACAAGGAGCAGCACCAGCAGCAGGUCCAAGGUGGUGGAGACCACGUGGUGAUCAAGGUGGAAACGGACUGGCAGAACGUGAAAGAAGACGUCAAAUCGCCACGGUCACCGUCGGGAGUGACCGUGGCGCCAGUGCCGCGACAGGACUGGCGGUUCCUGUCCAUGGUUCUGAGUCUGCAGCUGUAA